AUGUAUAACGAAGAAAGCUCGCCAAGCAUUAAUUAUAAUCUAUCUAUGGAAAGGACUGUAGACUUUGCUCAAGAUCAAAAUAAUAUAAAUUUGCUAAACAUUUAUGAUAAUCCAUUCAUAGAAUGGUCCGCAAACUUUACUCAAGGUUAUGAAGAUCAAACUAAUAAUACUUUACCUACAGAAUGGUCUAUAGACUUGACUCAUGAUUCAACUAAUACAAGUUUAUCAAAUAUUUAUAAGAAUCCAUCAAUAGAAUGGUCCGCAGGUUUUAGUCAGGAUCAAACUAAUAAUAAUCUACCUAUAGAACGGUCCACAGAGUUUACGAAUAACAAUCCGUUUAUGGAAUGGAAUGCUGUUUUUACACAAUAUCAAGCUAACGCAAGUUCACUAAACAUUUAUAAUAAUUCGAUUAUAGAAUCGUCCACGGGCAUAAGUCGAAAAGAUCAAAUAAAUACAACUUUGCCAAACAUUUAUGGUACAGGAAUUACUCAACCUUGUGAUGAACAAAUUAACACAUUACAACAACAAUUUAACGUAAAAUCAAUCAAAGAAAAUGAACUUCCAGUUUCACUUGUUUCUAGGCGUAAAAGAAAUCCAAAAUGCAAGAAAUGUAAUUUUACAAAAAUUCAUUAUGACGAAAAUUCCAAGCAAUUACACGCUAAUAGAAUUAUUCAUCGUGAUCUUCAUAGUGGCAAUAUUCUUAUUAACCAGAAUAGUGAACCAACGAUUGCAGAUUUAGGAAUAAGCAAACCUGCAUAUGAAUCGUUAGAUAAUAGUUCAAUUUACGGGAUUAUUCCGUAUGUUGCACCAGAGCUUUGGUAUGAUUAUCUGGGAGGUAAUAAGUGCUGUAGGCCAUUUUCUGAUCGUAAACAUGAUGAAUACCUUAUUCUGGAUAUUCUUAAUGGUCUUCGUCCAAAAAUUCCAGCCAGCGUUCCACAAGAUUUAGUUGAAUUAAUGGAAAGUUGCUGGGAUCCAGAUCCAGGAAAAAGAGCAUUGUAUAAUGGUUUACGUAUUGAUCCGAACGUACGUAUUGAUUCAGACCUUAAAGAACUUAUUGAAAGAGCAGAAAGAGGAGUAAUAAAUUUUCCGGAAAAUAAUGAUACAAGUUGUUUACCAACCAAAAUAAAUGAACAAGCAAUAUAUUCUAGUCGAUCAUUAAAUCUAUUAAUUAGUAAAGCAUUAACUUUACAACGUAUGAAAUUAAGUAACAAUACAAUUACAACGAUUGAAUUUGAUAUAAACAAACUAUAG